CACUUUGACUUUAGUAUUGGCAGGUUUGUUCAAAAGGAGAAGAGUGAAGAGACCUCCACAUGCCAGUGAUGAUGGACAGGGUCACAAUUCCAGAGCUGCGUUUGAAGUUUGCAGAGAAGAGUUGGGCUGACACUUUUCAGCUUGUCCGAAGGUGUAUGGAGAAAUCCAGAGAUGAAUCCAGAUCCCAUAAGCCACUGGAAAGAUCCCUGGAAAAACUCCAGGAAGAAUCAAACGUGUGCACCAUCAACACCACAAAGCUCCGCCUAGAGAUUAUCGCAAAACAACAAGGGAUGAGUUUUCACUUUGCUGAGGCCACGUGCUAUUUAUCAGCUGAUUUAUUCUACGUUGAGGUAUUGUUGUUGCCGUGUGGUGAAGUGGAGGAGGUGAAGGUGGUCCCUCACGGAGAAUCCCCUGUUCCCAGUGAAUCCCUGCUUCAGCUGCUAAGGUCCAAAAACUUUGCCGCCUUCUCCCUGAAGUUACAAGGCCUCUUUGCCCAGUACAACAUCCCUGGAGACAAUGAAAUUAAAUUUAAAUUGUUGGCAUCUCUACAGUGCCUUGGGAAAGACUUAUGGAAAAUCGCUCAUUUGCCAAGGGAACAAAAGUAUUCUGACCCUGAAAUGGACUUGAUAAACAAUGGCAGGAUAGGGGAUUUAAUCAUGGGAAAAGAAGAUUGUCCUUUCACCAUGCGGUUCUUUAUUCCUCCAACCAAUGGAACAAAAACUUUGGUGUCAGACUUGAAUCCAGUUGUUCAAGCCGCCCAGGUUACUGUAGUUGUCAGCGAUGUGACCCACAAGCUUCAGAUGGCAUCUGUGGUCCCUCAGCCUCCCCAGCUGGAUCCUCAGGGUUAUCCUGUGUUUGUUCCGCUGAAUGAGGUGCCAAAUGAAAUGCUGCCUGCCUGUUUCCUGCUUAAACUGCAGCCAGCUAUGCCCGUGAUGCCGUCUUUUGUAAAGAAGCUCAGCCAAAUUACAGAUGUUGACCUGCAGUGGGCACCCUUACCCAAGCUUCUCAUGAGAGAUUCAUUAAGCGCAAACAGCUCCUGGGAGAUGACAUGCGAAAGCAACAUGAUUUUUACAGUGACUCUUCCUGGUGGUGUGAUGCAUAGUUAUGUUUUCCCUGGAGCUGCAUGGGAUGUGCCUGCCCACAGGGGGGCUGUGGUGGACAGUGUUCCCUUCACCCACCCUGGUCAUGUCCCAGCCCUACUGGAGGUGCUGCGCCACCAGUGUGCCAUUAACACCCUGCUGAGGAGCUGUUUCAUAUUUCACUGUGCCAGUCCAGGUUCAGUUUGUGGCCUGCAUUUUGAAGUCCUUCCAGAGUCUGACAGCAGCUUUUCUGUGACCUUCCAGCCACCUGACGCUGACUCCCUGGGUGUUUUGCUGGUGAAUGUACCGAAACCUCACCAGAUUACCUGCAGCUUAUUUGGAGCAAAUACACGUGAUCCUUCCAUUAAUGAAUACCUCUCCUCUGUCAUCAUGAGCUGUAUGUCCAUCCCUGAGACAAUGAGGAUGCUAUACAACAAGCUCGAGGACAUCACCUCUGUCCCACUUUCUCCCAGCUGCUCGGCCACCACAGAGACUGAAAAUGACCAUUCAGCUCACUCGAGUACAGCUGUGGCCGACACCAGCAGAGCUUUGGCCACUUUCUCCCAAAGUGCAGCUAUGCCAAAGGACGGCUUCAGUGUUGCUGAUUUAGCACGUUCUGCCCUGACUGUAGCCAAAUCUGAAUCUAUUCUUGAAAUAAAUUAAAGUCCCUCCACCUCCUCUUACCCACCACCCCUUGUAGACACGUUUCAACACAGGGUAGACAACAGGCACAGCUGAUCUAAACGUGCAUCCACAGCCUUUAUGAAAACUCACGGGUUAAAUCAGCCAUAAAUAUGGACCAGAAUAACUGGUAUUUGUUUUCCGUUAUCAGUUAGAGAUGCUAAUGUGUAACUGCAGAAGGCUGUGUUUGAGUAAUUCAGAGUUCAUAAUCGCAUCCAUCUCCUGCAGGAUGCUUAAAUGUCACUUACUAUGCAUUCCAGCGUGGCAGAGAUUACUGGCUGUAAAGAUCUGAGGUCUGACAUCUGACCUCAGACAGCCAAGAGCCCAGUUGAUUGGUACCAUGUGAGCCAAUCAAACAUUGUUAAAGUACAUAAUGCAUUCUUGAUGUUUUGUAAGACUCCACACAUUUAAAAAAUAAAAAUAAAGAAAAAAUAGCUUUGGUGUA